AUGGAGAGGUUGCUUCAGGAGAAGAAGCAUAUCCUCAAAAGCGAAGCGCUUCAAGAGUACAUAAUGAAAACCAGCGUCUUGCCGAGGGAAAAUGAGGCACUGAAGAAGCUGAGAGAGGCAACCAUGUCCCAUGAAUGGAGCUUGAUGAGUGUGCCGCCAGAACAAGGGCAGUUCAUGUCUCUGCUGCUCAAGCUCAUGAACGCCAGCAAGACGAUUGAGAUCGGCGUCUUCACCGGCUAUUCUCUUCUCACCACCGCCCUCGCCUUGCCAGAAAACGGCAAGAUAACAGCAAUCGAUCUGGAUAGAGAAUCGUUCUAUAAUAUUGGGCUUCCAUUCAUCAAGGAGGCGGGAGUGGAGCACAAGAUCAACUUCCUGGAAGGAGAUGCACACCUACUUUUAGAUAAGCUCUUGGAAGAGGGAGAAGAAGGAAGGUAUGAUUUUGCGUUUGUGGAUGCGGAUAAGCUGAACAAUGCCCAUUACCAUGAGCGCCUAUUGAAGCUAGUCAGAAUUGGUGGCCUGAUUGCAUAUGACAACACGCUCUGGUUCGGUUCGGUGGCUGAACCGGAAAUUUCCUCCGUAACGGAACCCGGAAAAGCCCCUGGUGAAGACUUCUUUGAUCGAGUGCGGAGGCACACCAAGGAAUUCAACAAGAUUUUGGCCUCAGACCACCGAGUCGAGAUCUCACAAGUUUGUAUCGGUGACGGUGUCACCCUCUGCCUGCGCCUUUCUUGAUCUGUGGUUCUGUGUUUGGAUCGGUGUCGCAUUGGAAAAGUGAUUCGCUU